GGCCGGGAGCGCGUCGGGCCCGGUCGGAAAGUGCCUGCGGGGGGCGGGCGAGCGCGCGGUGCCGGCCGCCCCGGGGCUCGGCGCGGGAGCCGGAGCGGGAGCCGGCGCGGAGCCGGACGCCGAGUCCCGAGCGGCCGGCGGCCGGGGCUCGCCCCCGCCCCUCCCUCCUCUCCUCCGGCGGCGGCGGCGGCGGCGGCGGGCGGAGUGAGCUGCGGAGCCUGGAAUAUGGUCGGGGAAAUGGAAACGAAGGAGAAGCCGAAGCCCACCCCAGAUUACCUGAUGCAGCUGAUGAACGACAAGAAGCUCAUGAGCAGCCUGCCCAACUUCUGCGGGAUCUUCAACCACCUCGAGCGGCUGCUGGACGAAGAAAUUAGCAGAGUACGGAAAGACAUGUACAAUGACACAUUAAAUGGCAGUACAGAGAAAAGGAGUGCAGAAUUGCCUGAUGCUGUGGGACCUAUUGUUCAGUUACAAGAGAAACUUUAUGUGCCUGUAAAAGAAUAUCCAGAUUUUAAUUUUGUUGGUAGAAUCCUUGGACCCAGAGGACUUACAGCCAAACAGCUUGAAGCAGAAACAGGAUGUAAAAUAAUGGUCCGAGGCAAAGGCUCAAUGAGGGAUAAAAAGAAGGAGGAGCAAAAUAGAGGCAAGCCCAAUUGGGAGCAUCUUAAUGAAGAUUUACAUGUACUAAUCACUGUGGAAGAUGCUCAGAACAGAGCAGAAAUCAAACUGAAGAGAGCAGUUGAAGAAGUGAAGAAAUUACUGGUACCAGCAGCAGAAGGAGAAGACAGCCUGAAGAAGAUGCAGCUAAUGGAGCUUGCGAUUCUGAAUGGCACCUACAGAGAUGCCAACAUUAAAUCACCAGCCCUUGCCUUUUCUCUUGCAGCAACAGCCCAGGCUGCUCCAAGGAUCAUUACUGGGCCUGCGCCUGUUCUCCCACCAGCUGCCCUGCGUACUCCUACGCCAGCUGGCCCUACCAUAAUGCCUUUGAUCAGACAAAUACAGACCGCUGUCAUGCCAAACGGAACUCCUCACCCAACUGCUGCAAUAGUUCCUCCAGGGCCCGAAGCUGGUUUAAUCUACACACCUUAUGAGUACCCCUACACGUUGGCACCAGCUACAUCAAUCCUUGAGUAUCCUAUUGAACCUAGUGGUGUAUUAGGUGCGGUGGCUACUAAAGUUCGAAGGCACGAUAUGCGUGUCCAUCCUUACCAAAGGAUUGUGACCGCAGACCGAGCCGCCACCGGCAACUAACCUAUGACCUUCUGACCUCUGAACUCUUCACCCAAUGAUGACCUGACCAUGCCUGCCUGCUGAUCAGUUAACUGGUAAUCGCCUUUGCUUGCCUGUCGUCAGUGCAGCGAGCUGAGGCACUUGUCCGUUCGUCUUACCAUCUAACCAAACAAAAGACAAAGAAAUUGUCCUCCAACUCAGCUUUUUUUUUUUUCCCCCCCCCCCUUCCCUGUUUGGGUGAAAGUGGUUCUAGAACCUGCACUGAAUAGUAGUAAAGCAAUAAGGCCCAAUUCAUCCCACAGCACUGAUCAUCUUUUAAUGUCCCACCCUAAGCGAACGGUAAGAAGGCCUCUCUUAAGAAGGGGAGACAGAUGGCCCUUAACUACUCAGUGACAGAGGCAGUUACUGUGAGAGACUUCUAGGAAUCUGUGUCUUCUCCUGGCGAAGGCAAAGCUCUCUCUGAAUGUACUGUGUGAUGAUGCAUCAUGCAUGGACCUUCGGUCAGGGGUGUCAUUGGUGAAGUGAUUUCAAAAAGUAUUCAAAAUUUGAUAUGCUGUUUAGUCACUACAGUGCCCUCAAAGGGCAGAAGUUGCAGCCUUUUUUAUAUUGCCUGCCAAAAUUUGAAGUAUUAGAAUAAAGUGUGCCAUGAGAGAAAAACUUAACAAGGAGUUUCGAAAAGUAAUGCAAAGAACAAAACUGCAACACUAUUUUUUAAAAAAUAAGUAUCUGAGUUAAAAUUACUGAACCUUUAUUUUACACCUCCUUAAAAAUAUAUAUGAAAACAAGGUACAUGCAUUAUGUGUCACAUUACUGGGCAAACUGUUCAAGUAUUUUUUUUAAACUUCCCUGUAUAGAAAAAAAUCAUUAAGGAUGUAAAAGCCAUGCUUGCCUAUUUGCUGUAUACAUGUAAUGAAAUUGUAGAUAAAGUGUAGUGCAUUGAAACAAAUGAACAAAAAGUAGAUACUUUUACUAUACAAGGGUGCUGGUGCAGAAAAAAAUAUAUAUAUUUUUGGAAAUGUAGCAUUUUAUACUUUCAAGUGUUAUAAAAAAAAAAAAAGAACAAAGAAACCCUUUAUUUCAUUAAAUGAUUUUUUCUGGUGGUUGUCAAGAACAAAAGACCAAAAGAGCCUUUUUGUCUUUCUUUUUUAUUUUUUAAGUAUUGGAAUAAGUCUAAAGAAAAGAAAGUGCCUUAUUUUCCUUCAUGGUCAUUAAGUCAAGUGUCUCGUAAAAGAUCAGCUCCUCUCCCUCAGAAUACAAGUUAAUGCAUGUUACCCAGUCGCCCAGUACAUGAAAGAAGAUAUGAGAGGAGACAAAUGAGUUGGUGGUUUGAAUUGUAUGAUUUUUGCCACGUUACCUUGAUGCAAAUUUGCCAAAUCUGAUACUGUGAAAAAAUUUGAUAACUUUUCUAAUGUCUGACUAGUAAGUUUUAAAACAUCAUCCUUUUAAAAAUCGUAAUUGAGUACUUUGGUUAUUGCAAACUUCAGUUUUGGCCCAAAGGAUUCUGAGAUAAAAAUUAUGUGUGAUCUGAACACCAGUUUACAGACAAAAUUAGAGCUUUAUUUUAUUUGGUGAAGGGGGGGGUGCGUUGGAUUUUUUUUCUUAAUAAUUGGAGAUGAUAGUAUACGUAGCAGACUUUUUCACAGAUAUGAAUCUUUGUGAUUUUCAUUCUGGAAAGCAGUGUUUUUAAAUGACCCAAAUUUAAUCAGACUUCUUUAUAUCAUACCAGAUAACUUGUGUAGUACAUCUCUUUGCUGGUUUUAGUAACCUUUUCUCCCCCCCCCCCCCCACCUUUUUUUUUUUUUAAGCUUUAAAAGAAUGUGAACAGCUAGCAUCAUUGUGCAUGUAAAUACUCAACUACAUUUCAGUUUAGGUUUCCAAUUUCUCAUGAGGUUCAGAGUUAGUUUUGUAGUUGAAGCAAAUUGUGCAUAAAGCCUACAUCUAAACACUUGAGUAAAUAAUCAUUAACUGCUCAGUACCAGACAUGGCAAAUCUCAAGUGACAGUGGAUUCCCAGCUUAUCAACUCAUUCCCUCAUACAUACCUUCACAACUUCACAGUCAAAGGUCAGCAGUAAGCUCAGUCAGCACCUUCACGGUGACCUCCUCCGUCAUCUUGUCUAACUUGGAAACUGUUUUCAGUUUAUUUACUAUGCAAUAGACAUUCAUUGUUUUGUAUUCAGCUAGCUUUGGUUUAAUGUGCCACUGCUUUGUCUUUCUGUUACACAUACAGUUGUUUUGAUUUAUUUACAGUAUAUGCUGUGCCAUUUUGAUUUUGAUUUUGUUUGGUUGGUUGAAUAAAUUUGCGACACUCAAACAUUUGAGGUGAUAAUUGCUAAAAAUGAUAACCAAUAUUUGAUCCAGUUUCAUCUCAACUAUGUUAUACCUGGACAUUUUAGAUGUUUAUCAAAGGUCUUUUAUGGGGAAGAAAGUAAAUGUAUGGAAUAAUAAAUGUAUGACAUUUAUGAGGAAUGUUGGCUCUGGACAAACUUUUGAAAACUUAGUUGACAAAAUUUUGGAUCAACAGAAAAAAAGCAUGACUUUUGAAAUCUCUGAAUGCCUUGGUUCUCAGUAUUAUCAUUCUUUAUUGAAUUUAUUUCUUAUUAAAAUAUGUAGUUUUUAAGACUUUUUUUCUGACAGUAUUAUGUAAUUUUUUAGUGUGGGUAGAUGGGAGUGUCGCUUGUAUGUUACCGUACAGCUGACAUGUAUUUUUGUCUGUUCUUCAGUAUCCGAGUAGUUUCAUGCUAUGUAUGUACCAUAACCAACCUAUUGCCUAUGAGAAACAUGUAAGAUAAUGUAUUUACAGCCAUUGUUACAAGUUUAUAAUGUAUUUUUCUAUCUUGUUUUAUAUGUAUGUUAUAUAACAUUCAAAAGAAUUUUUUUCUUGAUUGAGAAAAGGAUACAAAAUGCAAAAUCCACAAUUUUGAUAACUGAAAAUUGCCAGUUGUUUUGCAGUACUUUAUUAUAUUGGGUGUCUUGUCUUUUUUGGGCUUUUAGUUAGCUAAUGAAUGAAUACAUUAGACACUUUUGGGUUUUAGUUGGGAUUUUACAUAGCUUGCAUUUUAAAUCUUUGGUUCUUUGCUGUUUCUAUUAACCCAUAGCAUUAUUUUAAUAAAUGUUAUAAUACCAACCUACUAACUCUGGAGUAUGUCUGUUUAUUAACCUUUACAUGUUUAAUUAAAAUAAAAAAAUAAAGACAAAAGAAUGUAAAUCUUGAGUUACUGGACUAACCCUGAAGAACGUGACCACAGAUAACAUAGCGUGACUUGUUUUUAUGUUGUUUGUCAGCUGACAAUUCCGCACACUACUGUUAAAAUGGCUUUGGUUAUUCUGGCCUUUUACCUUGGGGGUUGCGGGGAGGUAGGUGCCAGUAGAGAUGAGAACAAAGUAGCAUUCGUUUGAGGCAUUCUUCUUCUAGUCUUGCCACUUGCCUUUCAGCAUCUGCAUUACUAAUUCCACACUUUCUUAUUUUUCCUUCUCCAAAAUAAUCACUGCUCACAGCAUAAAGAGUAAAAAGAUUCAUUGUAAUGAUAUAUCCUGAGAAACCAGUUUGAUUCUUUGUUGAACCAUUUCUUCUAAUCUCUAUAAGUGGGUAAUUUUAUGGUCACAUUAUAAAGUAGGGAAUCUUAUGAUACUUUACCUUCAUUUAGACUUUUGUUUUAACUUGACAUUUUUCCUUUGUAAAGUAUUGAGCUUCUUUAGCCAACUGCUUCUAUUAGGUAAAGCCAAAGACAGAUUGGCUCUAUUUCUCAUGAUGGUCUAAAGUAAGUGAUUAAUAAUGACAACACAGCCCCACCUCUUUUCUUAUCCAACCCUCAGUGCAUUAUUGAGUUUUCCUCAGGUGUUUUUGCUCUCUCACCCACUUCCAAAAUGUAGUCAGACUGUAAGGUGAAUACAGAAAUUUAAGGGGGAAGGACAUUGGAAUUUGAAAAGUUAUGUAUGAUUAAUUUCUUGUUUGCACAUCAAUUUAAGAAGAUCUCUUAAAUAUCCUCAUGCUUUUCUUGGCUACAGCCUGGAUAAAUUGACCUCUUAUGAAUUCUUUAGUUUAACUCUUGAGAUUUCACAGAUUGGUAAUUGCCUUUUCUGUGAAACAGUUCUCCUGAAUAAUAAUAAAAAAUAAAACUCAGGAUGAAUUUUUACAUUUGUAAAUAAUGGUUCAUUUUUGUAAAUUACAUUUAAUUUAUUUAGAGUUCUCAGAUUUGGGGCUGAAAUGAGUUACAUGUUAUAGAAGGCAUAACUAUACCAAUAUGCUCUUAACCAGUCAGACUAUUGAAGUAUUAGUGUAUUAAAUAUAUGUAUAUGAAGUCCAUAGAAUAGUAUGUAUUCUCUGUGUCUCACAUAAGUAUAUGAGAUAUAUAGAAUAGCUAUAACAGCUCAUUUAAUCAUAAUUGAGAUGGUCAUUUGGAUCAUUAAAUAGUUAUUUCUCUGAUGGGAGGGGCAGACAGUAUAUUAUUAUUAGCUAGACAGAUCUUUAAUAUGCUACUGUUUGUAAAAGUUCCCAUUGCCAUAACAGUUCAUGUAUUAUUCUGUGAAAAUUUGAAGAUGUCUGUCAAGCUGCUAGUAUACAAGUCACCGUUGUACCAUGUCACUUAAAUUGAUGAAGAAUUUCCAUGUAAUUUACUGUUCUCUGAAGCCUAUGAAUGCAUUUUCAUCCCAUUUUCAGUUAAGGGUACUUUAUCUAUAAUUAUAUUGUCACCUUUUUUAUUAGAAAAGUUGUAAAAGACAGUUUUAAAAGGUGAGAAUAACUACAAAUCACAUUUUUAUACAGAUUGCAAUAGUAUUAAACAUAAAACUAUCAAAUUUCUAGAACGGUAAAAUUCUAAAGUUAGUUUUAUACUGUUAUUUGACAAAACAUUGAAAGUUGAGCUUUCCAUCAACAAGAUGAUGAAAUUAAUGUACUUAUAUAAAGCAUUUUUUUUUCCCCUUUAGUCAAAAUGUCAGGAAAAACAUAGCAUUAAAAGUAGGUAUUUGCAUACGCCCUAGUGCAGUACUGUAGUGGUAAAGUCCACAUAAAGGGUCAUUGCAGCACGCUGUUCAUAAAACCAAGAUGUACAUACACAAAAUAGGUAUUUGGUCAUGCUUUUCUAAAUAAAUACUGAUAAAUAUAAAGGAUCUGAAUUUUCUAGUACACCAAAAGUAGAUGAUAGGUUUAAAUGAAAUUGCUCAUUACCAAAUCAAGAAUCUCCUUUAUCAGCGAAGUCUAAUCUAACACCUUUAUAUGUGAUGGUUUAAGGCUUCUUCAGUUUUGGGGAGUUUUUAUUUGCUUGUUUGGCUGGGAUGGGAUGUCUGCCAAAUUAUAGUCCAUUAUUUACCAAAAUUCCUCAGAAAACUUUUUGGACUAAAGUUUUCUAAGUACAUAGGGUAACUUUUUUACAUUGACAAAUUUCUUAAUACCUUUAUUUAAUUUAAAAUAGAAAAAAUUGAACUCAUGAACAGUACUGUUUUAGAAAUAUUCAUAUAUUGUACACAUAGGUAAUUUUAUCUGUGGUUUCUUUAAUAUAAAAUUAUCUAAACUGAAAUUCUUUCGUUAUGAAGAGAAAGUUGUACACACACCUGGUACUCAAUGCUGAAUCAAACUGGUUAACCUAAGCACAGUACUCUCCUUUCUUUGUUUCUGCUGCACUAAUUGCCAGGGGUGGAAGAGGAGGAGGAAUUAAUUCACAGUAGAAGUGGGUGGUAGGUGCAGCAAAUAGCAACACACAACAUUAAUUUCAUGUUACUUAAAGUUUUGCUGCCCCUUUUUAGCAAAAGAUACCACAUUGUGGGAAGAUCUCAGCUCCCAGGGUAAAAAUUAUGUCUUUUUAAAAGUGCUAUUAUUGAGAAGUUUUGAUUACCAAGUCUACCUUUUAUGGUUUAUAUUGUAGUGGUAUAUAUAAAACAUUUAGAAUUUUACUUGUGGAAAUUGUAUAUAUAUAAAUAUAUAUGUAGAAGUCGUAGUAGGUGCUCCCAAAUCUCAUGUGAAUGGAGAACUGCAGAUGACUGUACAUGAAGUGCAAUAAACCAACUGGAGAAAGUGCACUGCUUCAGCCUCUCAAGCCAACCGCAGUUGAAAAUGCUGCCUCCCCCACUCCUGCAAAGUAUAUGUAUAAAUAUCAGAAUAAAGAAUGAACAUUUUCAUUUUUAA